CGACAGGAAGUGAAGAGUUGUACGCACGCAUGCGUAGUUACCGUUCAUUGACGUGGAGGAAUUCGCACUUCUGCUGCUUAGAUAUACGGAAACCUGAUGAAGAUGAUGAUGCUGAAACGAGAUAAAAAGGAGGAAGAGGAUGGAGGAGGAAACCCAUUCAAUAAUCUUGAGAAAAGUACUGUCUUGCAAGAGGCUAGAACUUUCAAUGAUACUCCAAUCAACCCAAGAAAAUGUGGACAGAUACUGACCAAGCUGCUCUAUGUUAUCAACCAGGGCGAAGCAAUUGGCUCACUUGAGGCUACAGAAGCUUUUUUUGCCAUGACUAAACUAUUUCAGUCAAAAGAUCCAAUUCUUCGCCGCUUGGUCUACCUUGGCAUCAAGGAAAUGUCUAAAAUCGCCCAGGAUGUCAUAAUUGUUACAAGCAGUCUUAUGAAAGACAUGACUGGCAAAGAAGAACAGUUUCGAGGGCCAGCUAUUCGGGCUUUGUGCUCCAUUACAGAUACCAGCAUGCUGCAGAGCAUUGAGCGACACAUGAAGCAGGCUAUUGUGGACAAGGUACCAGCUGUGUCCAGCGCAGCGCUUGUGUCUUCCCUGCACCUCAGUAAAAAUAGUCAGGAAGUUGUGAAACGGUGGGUGAAUGAAGCUCAGGAGGCUGUCAACAGUGACAACAUCAUGGUGCAGUACCAUGCUUUGGGACUUCUGUAUCACAUUCGGCGCAGUGACAAGUUGGCUGUCACUAAGCUGGUUAGCAAGUUCUCCAAACAUACUCUCAAGUCUCCUUAUGCAUACUGUCUUCUUAUCCGGAUAGCCACUAAGCUGAUUGAAGAGGAAAAUGCUGGGUCUGGAACCCCAAUGUUUGACUUUAUUGAAAGCUGUUUGCGCCACAAGAGUGAGAUGGUCAUAUAUGAAGCAGCACAAGCCAUCGUGCAGUUGAAAAACACUACAGCCAAAGACCUGGCCCCAGCAGUUUCUGUUCUCCAACUUUUCUGCAGCUCACCGAAACCCACUUUGCGCUUUGCUGCUGUCCGAACUUUGAAUAAGGUCGCCAUGAAACACCCAGCUGCAGUGACUGCAUGCAACCUUGACCUUGAGAACCUGAUCACGGAUGUGAACCGCAGCAUUGCCACCCUAGCCAUUACCACUUUGCUUAAGACGGGCAACGAGAGUUCUGUUGACCGCCUCAUGAAGCAAAUAUCAUCCUUUAUGUCAGAGAUCUCUGAUGAGUUCAAGAUCGUCGUUGUCCAGGCUAUAAGGGCCCUAUGUGCCAAGUUCCCAAGAAAGCACAAUGUGCUGAUGACAUUCCUGGCCUCCAUGCUGAGAGACGAAGGAGGUUUCGAGUAUAAAAAAGAGAUUGUGGACUGUAUUAUUGCCACCAUAGAAGAAAACCCAGAAGCCAAAGAGGCAGGGCUGGCUCAUUUGUGUGAGUUUAUUGAGGAUUGUGAACACACUGUUCUGGCCACAAAGAUCCUGCACCUGCUGGGCCGUGAAGGACCUCGCACCCCUACCCCCUCCAAGUACAUCCGCUUUAUUUACAACAGGGUCAUCUUGGAGAAUGCAGCUGUUCGAGCUGCUGCUGUGAGUGCCAUUGCCAAAUUUGGUGCCCACUGUGAGGAGCUGCUCAAUAGCUGCGUUGUGCUGCUGGAGAGGUGCCAGAUGGACACCGAUGAUGAGGUUCGUGAUCGUUCAACAUUCUAUGUUAAUGUCCUCAAGCAGCAGCAGAAGGCACUUAGUUCAGCGUACAUACUCAAUGGGCUGCAGGUGUCUGUGGUGGGACUUGAGAGAGCUCUACAUCAGUAUACACUGGAACCUAGUGAAGCACCUUUUGAUAUGAAGUCAGUGCCUUUGGCUACCCAGCCUCUGGUUGAACAGAAAGUGCGUGAAGCACCAGGAGGACUUGGGGAAACACCUAGUAAGGUCUCAGCAGACAAAGCAGCCGCAACACGACAGGACCUAUAUCAAGAGCAACUGGCAGCCAUACCAGAACUGGCCAAUCUUGGCAACUUAUUCAAGUCCUCCGCACCUGUGGAGAUCACCGAGUCAGAGACUGAGUACUAUGUUCAGUGCAUCAAACAUAUGUUCAGGAACUACAUUGUCUUCCAGUUUGACUGUACCAACACCCUGGAUGACCAAGUGUUGGAGCGGGUGACAGUGGACAUGGAGGCUGGGGAAGGCUUUGAGGUGGUGAAGCAAGUGGCCUGCGCUAGCCUUCCUUACAACAAGCCAGGCUCCACCUACACUCUCAUGCGCCUGCCUGAGGAACCAACAUCUGUGACAGGUACAUUUCCUUGCACACUCAAGUUUGUUGUACGAGACUGUGACCCAACAACUGGAGAACCGGAUGAUGAAGGUUAUGAAGACGAAUAUGUGCUAGAGGAUGUGGAGGUCACUGUGGCAGAUCAUGUGCAGAAAGUGUUGAAAGCUAACUUCGCAGCAUCAUGGGAAGAAGUGGGCCCAGAGAACGAACUGGAAGACACUUAUGCCCUAGCUACUGUUAACACUUUGGAAGAUGCUAUUAAGAACAUCACACAGUAUUUGGGACUUCAACCAUGUGAGCGAUCUGACAAAGUUCCAGAAGGCAAAAGUUCUCAUACCUUAUACCUGUCUGGUAUAUUCCGUGGUGGCCACGAUGCACUGGUUAGAGCUAAGCUGGCGCUGGACUCGUCAGGUGUGACAAUGCAGCUGACUGUGCGAUCUACAGAUCCUAGUGUGUCAGAAAUACUGGCCACAGCAAUUGCUUAGAAAAGUGGGACCAUGAGAGUUUUAAUGUUGUCUGUUAGUCAUUUAAGUUUACUGACAUUGCAAUUUGCUUUUGACUUUCUACAUUGAGUUGUAGUCGAGUAAUGAAAUGUGCAUAUUUGUAGAACAGACUGGUUCUUAUAAACGCCUUGAAGAAAAGAAAUGAAAAUUGGCUAUUCUUGAACGCCCAAUAUCUGAUGUUACAGACUUCUGAUUAUUGUCAUUGUAUGAUGUUCGUGGGUUUAAUAAAUCGCUGUGUACGCUUUAA